UACACACACACAGUCACACACGCAGUCUCUCACACACACACACACACAAACACUCAUUUAUCCUCCGUUCCGCACGUUCUCGCACACGGAGCCGCCGCCGCCGCCGCCGCGCGCUGGACCAGACCCUCCGGUGACUCUCUCCGCUCUUCCCCCGGCUACACGGGAUCGUGUGUUCGGUUCCGCAGACUGCGACGAGCCUCGUCGUGACAAGAGUUUGGAGACGGCUGGAGGAGCAGGAGGAGCAGGGGGGGUGAGGAGGAGCAGGGGGAACAGCAGCAGGAGGAACAGCAGCAGGAGCGGGAGGUGGCGUCUUCCCGUCAGAAACACAGUCUCGCUCUGACACAUGGCUGACAGUGGGAGACGGAAAGGGUGAGCAGGAGACUACGGGAGUGAGAGACAUCCAGACACACACUCGCAGAGAGAGUGAGUCGGUCAGCCAUCUGUGGACGGUCCCCUGCUAUUCUGCAGCUGCGUUGGAUUCAGCAAAUCGUCUUCAGCUCUGUCAGGACUUCAGAAACUAGAGAGGGACGAGACGGUUCUUCAUACGCCCCUUUGCCCGGGGGAUGAGCCCUUGGCUAAAGCAAUGUCAAAGCCUUGCUGGCUUUGGAUUAGGCCCCUGGGGCUGUUUCUGUGGAGGGAUGGGUGAUAUCCCAGCUGGAUCUUCCGCUGUCACCAUCCACCACAGCUAUCAUUAGUGACUAAUGAGCUCCUGCUAGAGAGGAAACGAGGAAGGUGCCCGUGGAGAGAGGAGGAACCCUACAGCUGUUAUUAAGAGGCCCGGAGAUUUCAGACAAGCAAUUUUCUGUCUCAACAAGGAGUUGAGCAGAAUAGGGCUUUGAAAACUAAGAAACGAUCCACUCUGAAAAUCAUAGUCAAUCUUUUUGUUUUUGUUCCAGCAGUGUGGUUUUGUGAAAAAAUGUAACAAUGAAGAUGACAGUCACAUUUUUUCACCAAGAUGGUUUGGUUUUUGGACAAAUAUCCUUAUUUUUCCUCAACUGAACACGUUUCAACUUAAGAUUUCAAUCAGAACAUUAUUUUCUGUUAGAGUUUUGAUUUUUUUGUUUUACUCGUAGAGGAUUUUUUUGACCCUUCUAUGCCCUGAAGAAAAUUGGUCACCAUGGCAGCCGCCUAUCGUGUUGUUGUGAGCAGCGUGAGCUGCUACAACAGUGUUGUAGUGGACAGGCGCGCUCACUCCAAUGCUGUGCACUACUGCUCAGGGCCAUGUGGGGCGCUGUCACAAGGUCUGGACUGUACAGUUGCACACCGCGGCACCUGCUCUGAGCUGCUUGUUGCACCUGACCCUGUGUACAACGACCUUAACAGUUCCCCCAUACACUCCCGUCACUUGAUUACGCAACAACUCCCUAAUCAUGGUAAGCUUGGUAUUACCAUGGAUGCUUCUCCUAAUGGAAGUCUUGAGAGGGCGGGAAGCAGUGGAAAUUUGUCUUUAGGGGAGGACAGUCCCACAUGGCGAAGUAAAAAGACCCCCAGUGGUGGAGGAUCAACUGGAAACUUGAGCUUUUCGAGCAGCCUUAAGGACAUUACCGAAGAGGCCAUCAACCUGGCCAGUGGUAAGCUCAAGGAGUUUUCUUUUGACAAGCUUCGACUCUCCUCCUCCAGCCAUGUUACCUUUCGUAAAGGUCGUAAGGUCCGUCCUGAUUCUUUCAGUCGGCGCUCCACUGAUUUGGACAUCAUUUAUGGUCACUUCAGCUCCAACCUCACCACAACCACAGCUAGUAAUGGUCUGACGAAUGGCAUGACUACCUCUAAUGAUGAGAACCUGCCGCCAUUUGUGCUGGGAAAAGAAACAGGACUCGAGGAAACAAAACUGAAGGGAAGCACAGGCACCUUGACGGCCAUUACUAAAAUGGGCGGCGGCUCAACCGGCAGCUUGUCCAGUAUUGGAUCACUGGACCAAAGUCUGAACACAGUGGCCUCACUGUACCGCAACACCCUGGGAGAGGAGAACCUUAUUGCUCGUCUGUUAGAAAAGACCCGAGCAGAGGCUGCCAGUGGGGGAGCAGGUGGGGAGGACAUUCGUGCCUGCCUUGAUAUCCUCCUUAAAUGUUCAGAAGAUCUCAAGAAAUGUACUGACAUCAUCAAGCAGUGCAUCAAACGCAAAACUGGUGGCGAACCAGAGGAUGGUGGAGCAAGUCCUGACAGUGUGUAUCGGGCUGUGAUGGCUCGUCUGAGCUCUUACCUGAAGAGACUGCCCCUGGAACUUGAAGGAAUAGGAAGUUUUGGGGGUGGUGGGCAAGGAGGAACUGGGAGUGGCCACAGCGACUUGGCAGAGCUAGUAAACACUCUUCACUCAAUCCAACAGGGACCUUACUCCCCAAUAUUCGGCAAUGAGCAGCCUCCUCGAUAUGAAGAUGUGGUGCAGUCCCCUCCGGUCCCAAAGACUGUUUCACACUCUGUAUCUUCCACUCCUACCAGUGUUUCAUCCUCAUCUUUGAAAUCUGAUUCCAUCCAUACCAAACCAGUCCAGAGCUCAGCCCUGUCCAGAACUACUGCACAUACCAAUGGACUGCAGCAUCCACAUUCUUCUUCUGCCAUACAACACACUCUUUCUCCACCAUCUAUCAUGUGCCCGCCAUCCAACACCUCUCCAACACACUCCCCCUCCCCACUUCGCUCUUCCCCGACCCCACCGUACAUACACACUCCUCCAGCCUCCCCCAUGGAGGCUUUAUAUAUUGAAGAGGAGGAGACUGAUGUGGGAAAGUUAGCAGAACAACUAUCACAGCAGACACACACUCCAGCUCGAGGGAUGAACAUGACCCAGAACAAAAAUGGGACUGUUUUAGGGAAACACAUGCACCUGUCCCAACCACACACACUCCAUACUCCAUCAGACAAUUUGCCAGCCAACAUUAACCCCAGUUGGCCUUCCUCUACCUCGCUGACAGCAUUUAAAUCUACUUCACACAGAAAUGAUGACAUUGACAAACUUCUGAUGGACUUGGAGAAUCUUUCUCAGAGUAUGAGUCACCCUAGAAGUGUAGAGCCUCCACUUCCAGUCAAGACCAGGAAAAGAGAGGGAGUCCAGGGUGUCAGUGCAAAUGACUCCUUCACUCAGUCUAAAAUGGCCCAGUUCCAAAGCCCAAAGCCAGCCACUCAUCUCCCGAUGAACGGCCUGAAUUGCAGAACGCCACAGAGUCUCACUCCUCCACAGGGGGAGGGCAGUGGAUCUGGGGGAGGAGAGGAGGAUGAUGGUGCACUGUUACUGAGAAUCCUUGAGAGCAUCGAGAGUUUUGCCCAAGAGCUGGUAGAUUCUGGAGCAGGGAGCACAGGUAGUGCUGAGAGGAACAGUGGAAAGGAGCGGGAGGUGAUGAGGCUCCUUCAGGAUACUCUGGCUACCACGGUCAGAGCCGACACUCCAGUGGACGGCACAACCUCACCGCCUGCUCUAACUGCUUCAGCUGUACCUGGAAGUGUAGUCCCAAUAAUACCUCCAAAACACAGCCUAGCAAACACGCCUGAUAUUUCACCUGUGGUAUCUGAAGCUGAGUGCAAUGACGUGAUUGAACCUUUGCCUGAUGCCACCCCCAUACUCCUGUGCACAUCUUCAUCUGGACCUACUAUUAAAGCUACAGACAAAAUUACAGAAGCCUCAACAGCUGAGGCAGACACGUUAUCUGUCCAAGCCGAGGAACUGUCUUCGUCACACUCAGAUGAACCCACACUUGUGGCCGCACCUGAACCUCUCGCCCCUGCUGUGAGCCCAGCAACUGCAGCCAUAAAAGAUGUUUCUGUUGCUGUUGAUGAUCCUGCACCGCUGAGAGACACUGGCUCAACCCUGCUCAUCCAGCAGACUCCAGAGGUGAUUCGGGUUCAGUCCAAACCUGAAAAGAAACCAGGGACACCUCCACCAGCUCCGGCUGCAGCGGCGGCGCCGCCGGCCCCCACGCCGCGCUCGCCCAGCCCGCCCCCGGCUCCGGUGAUCGUCACCCCUCCUCCCCCCGCCAUCAACAUUCCCAGGUUCUACUACCCCCGUGGGCUCCCUGCCCUGGGCUCGGCUGCCAACCACGACGCAGCCAUCGCCGCCAUCGAGGCGGCCUUCACCGAGUUCGAGGAGGAGAAGGCCGACAUUUAUGAGAUGGGCAAGAUUGCCAAGGCAUGCGGGUGUCCACUUUACUGGAAGGCCCCCAUGUUCUACGCAGCAGGUGGGGAGAGGACGGGUUUUGUGUCCGUUCACUCCUUCGUCGCAACCUGGAGGAAGUUGUUGCACAGUUGCCACGAUGAUGCAUCAAAGUUUAUUUCCUUGUUGGCGAAGCCUGGAUGUAACUACUUGGAACAGGAAGACUUCAUUCCUCUAUUGCAGGACAUAGUGGAUACACACACUGGACUCACGUUUCUGAAGGAUGCACCUGAAUUCCAUUCACGCUACAUAACAACGGUGAUCCAGCGGAUAUACUACGUGGUGAACCGUUCCUGGACGGGACGGAUCACGAUGAUGGAGCUGCGCAGGAGCAACUUCCUCCAAACCCUGGCGCUGCUGGAGGAAGAGGAGGACAUCAACCAGAUCACUGAUUACUUCUCCUACGAACAUUUCUAUGUCAUUUACUGCAAAUUCUGGGAGCUGGACACCGACCAUGAUCUGUACAUUGACCCCAAAGAUCUAGGACGAUACAACGACCACGCGUCCUCAAACAGAAUCAUCGAGAGACUGUUUUCAGGGGCCGUUACCCGGGGUAAUGCCGUGCAGAGGGAAGGCCGGAUGAGCUACGCAGAGUUUGUCUGGUUUCUUAUUUCUGAGGAAGACAAGAAAAAUCCCACCAGUAUCGAGUACUGGUUCCGCUGUAUGGAUGUGGACGGCGACGGCGUCCUGUCCAUGUUUGAGCUGGAGUAUUUCUAUGAGGAGCAGUGUGAGAGGAUGGAGAGGAUGGGCAUCGAACCGCUGCCUUUCCAGGAUCUGCUCUGCCAGAUGCUCGACCUGGUGAAACCCGAGAGUUCAGGCAAGAUCACUCUGGGGGAUCUGAAGCACUGCCGAAUGGCCCACAUCUUCUUCGACACGUUCUUCAACCUGGAGAAAUACCUGGAUCAUGAACAGAGGGACCCGUUUGCUGUGCAAAAGGACAUUGACAGUGAAGGUCCGGAGCCGUCCGACUGGGAUAAAUAUGCUUCAGAGGAGUAUGAGAUCCUGGUGGCCGAGGAGACUGCGAACGAGCAGCUACACGAGGGGUCAUUUGAUGACGACUACGAAUCUGAGGAGCUGCAGGUCCCGGGAGAGAUUGGAAAUAAAAUGGAAAAGCUGGUUAUAUCAGAUCUGUCGGCAUAAAACUCUCUUCCCUGGAAUUCCUGGGCUUCUGGAAGACAAACAGGAACCAGAUUUUUUUUUUAAGGCCUUUGGGAUACAUGCUACAUGCAUCCACAGAUACUUGGAUGUAAAGACAGAGAGCGUGAAGGAUUCUGCCAUCGGUCUCAGACUGACUCCGUCCUCCAGUCGGAAGGGAGAUUUUUGUUUGUGUGUGUAUGUGUGUGUGUGUGUGUGUGUGUGAGGGAGAGACUGUAAAGCAGCCCUGCUCUGUGUGUGAUGCUACAAUGCAUCUGUAUCCACAGAGAAAAUGUUGUCACUGCAGCCAGCGCUUCGCUCCAUCAGCGAAAACAAACCCCCGCCACGGGAGGGGGAGCAUUUGAUAAGCUUUCGAUGGACAAGUGAAAUAUUCAGCUGUAAAAUAUAUGUCAUUGUCGUUGUGAACUCUCUACUGACAAUCCUGCCCGAAGACAAUCCUCUCUUUAUUAUCUGUUCUCCCAAAGUGUCGCUAUGCUUGAGGUAAACGGACACGUCGAGUCGGAGCGACGUGCAGAUGUACAGACGUGACGGUGGGAAGCACUGCCAUGGAAGAUCCACAGCCACCAAACAGACACUGCCUUCAGAAACCCGCUGCCUGCGCAGCUCCACACUGUGUUUCUUGUAAAGGAAGUUGUUAACCCCCCCCCUCCCCCUUUGGUUCCUUUAGGGAGAGGUCAUGUAACAGUCUGGGUUGUUGUAACAGCACCUCCUCUCUGUGGCCGCUGUGUGCCACUGCACGCCGGCGCCGGCGUGUGCGGCGCUCCGUUGGCCGGCUAACGUUUCCAUGAGUGCAGCUCACUGCUCUAUUAUUAGUGCAGCAUUAUCAGAGCUCCACCUCUGGACUCUCUCUGCAGUCGGACUGCAGUUCCAGAUAUGCACAGAAAGGCACACCAAACUCUCUGGUAGAGUUUAACACCUGGAAUAUUUGAACUAGCACAAUAGGUGAGGCUGAGGUUAGUUGUCACAUCUCAUGCCAGUUCUUCGUGCAGUUUUGUUGAUUUCUAAAGCCUUUUAACUUUAAUAAAUGUAGAUUAGAAGCAGGAAGUUUGCCAAACACCAGAGACGGGUGCACUGACAUAGGACAUUACACAGGGUGCAGGGUGAGAAAGGUAAAGAGGAAAAACACAAUAAAACACAUUUUCAUUCAGGAAUGAUCCGACUCCGUACGACAUUUUCGCCCUUGUCUUUUGUAACUCUUCUUCUCUUGUUCUCUGAGCUCCCUGUUCAAUGUGCUGAGGCACUUUGCCUGAUAAUCUGUUGUGCUAUUUUGAUUUGUGUAAGAAAAACAGCUUUUCUGCCCACAUAUCACAGUCAUAAAGCAUUACUUAUGGAAGUUUCUCUCGAACACACAUAAAACACACUGCGAAAAUAAAACAAGUCAAAACUGUGUUAUCAAAAAAUUAACUAUAAAGUAAACUUGUUAUAUCCUGCCUGCAAAAAGUUUGGGAUUUUUAGUCAUCAACAUUCAAUUUAUGACAAAAUCAAAGGAGUUUUUUUUUUUUUUUUGGUCAUUCAGAGUGACACGUUUUGCAAAAAAAUGAACUUUGAAAGUCCCCAUCUUGCUCUGUCCAUGUCUGCCUGUCUUCAGGCAAGACGCCCAACCUGCAGGCUGCUCCCGGUGGGGGACGAGCUCAAACCCACAAAGAAAUUGUAUGUUUACUCAAACUACACUGAGAUGAAAACACGUCUCUGAACCUUUCAAACAUUUGGUAAAUAAGUAGAGAAAUCCCGAACAGUUUGCAUGGUUUGAUAGCCGUUUAUUUCAGUUUAUUUAUAUAUUUAUUUGUAAGUCUGGAUUAGCCGUCUUCAUAUAAUACUGUGUUUCUCGCUAGGAGCAUGUAGUUGCCUAGAAAUCACUGAUAGAGGAGUGUGUUUUAGGAGCCUCGGUUACGUAGGUGCCAUUUUCGGGGGGGCUGUUUAUAUGUCACUGCCAUAGAGAUUGUGUUCCUGCAUCUAUUUGUGUGUGUAUACGUGUGCAUAACUUUAAUAAGGAUUAUCACAGCUGUUGUCCUCAAUGACUUAAAAGUAUCUGGUAUAUACCUCCUUCACUGGCACUUACUGUACACACACACACACACACACGUUUUUUGCAAAGGAGAACAGUUGCAGAUGGUCAUUGCCCCGUGUAAACCUGUCCUACUCUCUCCUCAACUAUAAUAGUAUUAUAAUAAAGAUAAUGAUAAGCCAUUGUAGAUUUAACAACCAGGAUUUUUGAUGUACUUUGCCGGUUAGUAUUGCUGUGCCACUGUGUGGCUUGGGAAAGGGGGGUAAAUUAUGUUAGAUGUGUGUAUGUUUGUUUUUGUGUGUGUGUGUGUGUGUGUGUGUGUGUGUGUGUGUUAGACACGCAACGGAUUUUAAAACCGCAGAGGGGAAGAGAUCCUCUCCAUUUUCCCCAAACUGACAAUCACAGAAAUCACAUAGGAUGCAUCUCAUGUACAGGAACAUCCGAGGCCGACGCUUCACCGCUGUGGUCACACGCUCUCCGGGAGGACGUCGAAGGCAAACUGUCAAAGCUAACGGCGCCGUCGGCCUGGUCACUCUUUCGGCUCUAUGCAAAGUGUCCUGGUGUUCACACGCUGAAGCAACAGGCGAGGAGAGAAGCCAUGUAGGACUCUUUUCUUUGAAAUUAUGUUUAUACCGAGAGAGAAACAGAAAAGACUUAUUUUUUUGAUUCACAUCCUCUGUGCAAAUAUAAAUAUAAGGAAAUAUAAGGAGGUUGAGAUGUGGCACAAAUCCUGAUGGUUAUUGUAUUGGCAUGGUUUUCUUUUCUUUUUUCUCUCUCUCUCUUUCUUUCUCUCCCUUUCUUUCCUUCUUGACCCCGUUACUUGUUGCUUUUUGUCUGAAGUUUAAAUAAAGCUAUUUCAAACAUUUGA